UGUGGUGUUUACCGGUAUUUAUGGCGAUGGCUGCUUUCGCGAGGUCGCAGCGUGUUGCAAGAUUUGGAAAUGUUUUACUUAGAAAUGAAACGUUAUUCAUUCGUCCUUCUGUGCAGAGACCAGUCAUAUUGAAACAACAGUUGACAGGGCUAGGUGUUCACUUGCGUCUUCUGAGCACCCGAAGUGAGGCGGCGGCAUCACCAGAUCCGGAAUCUGACUACCACACCAUCAUAAAGGAUACUGAGAAGGGAACAGGUUCCAGCGACAAACAUGAAUUCCAGGCGGAGACGCGGAUGCUGCUGGAUAUUGUUGCCAAGUCGCUCUACUCCGAGAAGGAGGUGUUCGUGCGGGAGCUGAUCUCGAACGCCAGCGACGCACUAGAGAAGCUGCGUUACCUGAGGCUGACUGGCGAAGUCUGUGAGGAGUCUGACGCCCGGCCGCUGGAGAUCCACAUCGCCACCGACAAGCAGAAGAGGAUGCUUACCAUACAGGAUACUGGAGUCGGCAUGACAAAAGAAGAUCUGGUUUCAAACCUUGGCACCAUCGCGCGGUCCGGUUCCAAGGCUUUCCUGGAACAGCUGAAGACGUCAGGUGCCUCUGAGGACUCAUCAUCCAUCAUUGGCCAGUUUGGAGUUGGUUUCUAUUCGAGCUUCAUGGUAGCAGAUAGUGUUGAGGUGUUCACAAAAUCGAGUCAGGUAGAGGACAGUCCUGGCUUCAGGUGGAGUUCUGAUGGGACAGGGACAUAUGAAAUUCAAGAAGCAGAAGGUGUACAGCCUGGAACGAAGAUUGUUCUGCAUCUAAAACAAGAAAAUCGAGAGUUCAGUGAUGAAGAUACAGUCAGCGGUAUUAUAAAGAAGUACAGCAACUUUGUUGGAAGUCCGAUCUUUCUGAAUGGAAAGCAAGCAAAUACAAUACAGCCCCUGUGGUUGAUGGACGCCAAAGAUGUGACCCCUGAAAUGCAUGACGAGUUCUACAGAUUCAUUGGCACUUCAUAUGACAGGCCCCGAUUCACUCUACACUACAAGACUGAUGCACCACUGUCCCUGCGAGCGCUGCUGUACUUCCCUGAGGGGAAGCCAGGUUUGUUUGAGCUGAGUCGUGAUACUGAGACGGGAGUCUCUCUGUACAGUCGCAAGGUGCUGAUCAAGAACAAGACAGAUAACAUCCUGCCAAAAUGGCUGCGCUUUGUCAAAGGUGUCGUGGACUCGGAAGACAUCCCCUUGAACUUGAGCCGAGAGUUGCUUCAAAACAGUGCCCUCAUCAGGAAACUGCGAAAAGUGCUGACAAAUCGAGUUCUGCGAUUUCUCCAUGAUAAGUCAACCAAGGAUCCAGCAGAGUUUGAUAAAUUCUAUAAGGAUUAUGGCAUGUUCCUCAAGGAGGGCAUUGUGACCACUAAUGAGCAGUUUGAGAAGGAGGAAAUAGCAAAGCUGCUGAGAUUCGAAUCUUCGCGAUGUGGCGAGGGAGACAAAGUGACCCUCCCGCAGUACCGCAGCCGACUAGCAGCAGGCCAGAGGGACAUCUUCUACCUAGCAGCACCCAGUCGAACUUUGGCCGAGUCCUCUCCGUAUUUUGAAGCACUGAAACAAAAGGAUGUAGAGGUGUUGUUUUGCUAUGAACCAUAUGAUGAACUCGUGUUGAUGCAGCUCCGUCAAUUUGACAGCCAUAACCUUACUUCUGUGGAGAAGGAGAUGCGGCAGGAUAGGGAAUCAGAUGACCUUACAGAUCUUGGAGCAGACAGCCUCAAGCGCAGUGAGGUAGAGGCACUUGUACCUUGGGUCAAGAAGACACUAGCUGGCAUGGUACAGAAUGUGCGAGUGACUAAAAGGCUGGAUGCUCACCCAUGUGUUGUGACAGUAGAAGAGAUGGCAGCUGCCAGACACUUCAUCCGUACCCAGUCGCACCUUAUGAAUUCAGAGAGUCGCUAUGCCCUCCUGCAGCCACAACUGGAACUCAAUCCUCGACAUCCCAUCAUUAAGAAACUUAGCACAUUGACCACAACCAAUGCAAAGUUGGCCGAGCUGGUUACGAAACAGCUGUUUGCUAAUGCCAUGUUGUCAGCUGGGCUUGUAGAUGAUCCUCGCACACUCCUGACGAGUAUGAAUGAACUCCUGACACUUGCGCUUGAGAAGCACUGACAGCAUUGAGGUGACUGUUACGUUUAAAAUGUCAGAGGUAACUUGCUGCUGCUGGAUUUGCAGAAAUGUGUGUUCCUCGGAGUUCUGUUUUGUUGUGUUCGGCAACUCACAUGGGUAAUGCUUCCAUUCCUAUAUAAGUUCUUGAAGAUUGUACAGAAAAUGUCAUUCAGUAAUUGGCUGCAAGCAUAGGUAUCCCCCAGCUUAUAUGAUUCCAGUUUGUGUAAAUCUGCAUUUGCACUAUUUCCUGUGAGUUUAGGUAAAUUUUCAUGUGUCUGUCCUCUAAAGUAUUGCCAUCAGGGAGAAAAUGUUAGUUACAUGACAAUUCUUGGGGAAUGGAGCAAUUGUGAGUUGGGGGAUACCUCUACCUAGAAGUGCUGUACUUUGUACAUUUCUAUUUACAUCCUGACAGGUUUUUAUGGCUCACAAAAGGAUGCAAUUAUCAGUUACAUCAGUAGCAGUUUCAAAAGUAAAUAUUGUUGCAUUUCUUAUGUUGUCAAUGUUAAAACAACUUAUGUGAAUAAAGUUCUGUUUUUUA